UUGACCCGGCAGCCGGCACGGGCGAGGUCAGAGAGAGCGAGCUGUUGGCCGGGUCGUCCCUGCGCUCGCCAGCGCUGCUGUCAUGCCGUGCCGAGACACGGUGGCAGGCGGCUUCCCAACGACGCUGGGCAUCCGCAGCCAGCGCGUGCAGCAGCAGACCAGUCCAACCAGGCGGGCUCGUAUAAAGAGGUUCCCCUGUUCCCCAACUUUGGCUGCCGCUCUCCCAUUUGUCUCGUCUCGCUCUCACGCUCGCGUCACCGGAGCUCUCCAGAAGCGAGCCCCAACUGCCCAAGGGCGAGCGAUCCGAUCCCCUUCGCAGCCUCGUCAACGACGCCGAGAACACUUUGAGGAAUGGCUGAAGAGGAUGUCCAGCCCCUUGUGUGUGACAAUGGCACUGGAAUGGUCAAGGCAGGUUUUGCUGGUGACGACGCACCAAGAGCUGUCUUUCCUAGCAUUGUAGGCAGGCCACGCCACACUGGUGUGAUGGUGGGCAUGGGCCAAAAGGAUGCAUAUGUGGGCGAUGAAGCUCAGUCCAAAAGAGGUAUUCUGACACUGAAGUACCCAAUCGAGCAUGGUAUUGUUGGCAACUGGGAUGACAUGGAGAAGAUCUGGCACCACACCUUCUACAAUGAGCUUCGUGUGGCACCUGAGGAGCACCCUAUACUGCUGACCGAGGCUCCUCUGAACCCCAAGGCAAACAGGGAGAAGAUGACCCAGAUCAUGUUCGAGACGUUCAACUGCCCAGCAAUGUAUGUGGCCAUCCAGGCCGUUCUUUCCCUGUACGCCAGUGGUCGAACAACUGGUAUUGUGCUCGACUCUGGUGAUGGUGUGAGUCACACUGUCCCCAUCUACGAAGGGUACACGCUUCCUCAUGCUAUUCUUCGAUUGGACCUUGCUGGUCGUGACCUUACCGACAACCUGAUGAAGAUCCUUACUGAGAGGGGUUACUCCUUCACCACGACCGCCGAGCGAGAAAUUGUCAGGGACAUCAAGGAAAAACUUGCCUACGUUGCCCUUGAUUAUGACCAGGAGCUGGAGACUGCCAGGACCAGCUCCACCGUUGAGAAGAGCUACGAGCUGCCCGAUGGACAGGUUAUCACAAUCGGUGCAGAAAGGUUUAGAUGCCCUGAGGUGCUAUUCCAGCCAUCCUUCAUUGGCAUGGAAUCUCCUGGCAUCCAUGAAGCCACGUACAACUCCAUCAUGAAAUGUGACGUCGAUAUCAGAAAGGAUUUGUACGGUAAUGUUGUCCUCAGUGGUGGCUCCACUAUGUUCCCUGGUAUUGGUGACCGCAUGAGCAAGGAGAUCACUGCACUUGCCCCCAGCAGCAUGAAGGUGAAGGUGGUUGCUCCCCCAGAGAGGAAGUACAGUGUUUGGAUUGGUGGCUCCAUUCUAGCCUCCCUCAGUACCUUCCAGCAGAUGUGGAUCUCCAAGGCAGAGUAUGAUGAAUCUGGUCCGGGCAUCGUCCACAUGAAGUGCUUCUGAAUUUCUGGAGCAGUUUAUCUGUUACUUGUAUUUUCAGUUAAUUGGGAUGCAAGAUUGUCCCAUGGUUUCUCUAGCAUUCUUGGUUCUUUCUGGAUCAUUGAAGGGCUGUUGACCAUGGAGUAUUGUGAAAGGUGGUAAAGUCGAUCGAUGUUCUACAUGAAGAAACAUGUGCAUUACUUCAGCAGUAUAGAUCGUCAGGUCAGUUUAGUUUUUUUUCCCCCAACAGCACCAUAUCAGGGCGUUCCUGAUGUGUGCAGUUGAUCUGGGUUUUUACACGACGCAAGGGUGUCGGCUGUCGCCCAUGCAGUUUGAGUCUUUGAGAGCUUUUGGUUUCUGCACUUCAGUACAUGGAACAGAGUUCGCAUUUGGUGGCCAGCACCCCAGCGUGGCAUGGGUGUUUGAUGAUUUGUACUCGGAGCUGUUUGUUUUAUUCCUUUUCAUGAAACAGGUGUUAUUGUUUGUAUAGGGAUAAAUUGUUUAUCCUUCAAAUGUCUUAGAUACUGUUGGAUCAAACUUCAUUUAUAAUCAUAUAAUGCCUUGGAUUUACUUCGAGUA